AUGGAGGAAUAUAUAGACACUUGUAUACGGAUACUUGCUGUGGCCUUAUUGGCAGAAUUGUGCGUGCGAAUUUUUCGAUAUGGCCAUGAAAUAUUAUUCUAUAGUAAUUAUUAUGACGUAGAUGGAGGAGCAAAAUACUGGCAAGUGGCUAGACGAUGUUUUAGCCUUAAUAUACCAACAAUAGUAUUCAUUUUGCUAUUUGUAUUUGGAGCUUUAAUACGAUUUGCCAUGGCAAAAGAAUUUGUUUUGCCGCCAUUGAAGUGGUUGGCAUUUAUGCCACUAUAUUGGCUACUUGUGUGGGUUGGUCUCUCUUUUUCACAUUUGGAUUAUGCCAAUUUCGUAAGGCAAUCUCACGGUUUGGAUUAUGCUGAAGGAAUGGCUUCAAAUUAUUUCCAUGGCUAUUUAAAAUUAACCUUGCCCUCACACACCGGCCAUCCGGGUUUAAAAGAACGAAUCGAACAAUAUGAAGCCAAGGAGCAUGUUGAGUUUGCCGUGAAACGCUUAAUAAUACUCGUACCCAAUACAAUGUUUAUUAACUCGAAAAUAGAAAGUCGAAUAUUGACAAAAGACGGGCCUUUGGAAACCGUUGUAAAGAAUCGUGCUGGCGUUGAACGACCUUUUAAGAAUGAUGUUUAUAGAUUUACUGUACCGAUUAAUGGUACAUAUUAUUAUGUAGCUGUUGAAGGGGCAACACCUAUGCUGUCAUUUUUCGAGGCUAUGUCAUAUCAUCCCUCAACCACAUGGCAAAUGAAGGAGAUGAAACGUGAAAUUCUUUUGAAAUUCUACAAACAUUUGAAGAAGCUAUUAAAAGAAUGGCCUCCCACAGAGGAUGAAGCUGAAUUAGUUUUGUAUAACGCUUAUCAAAAUGAUGGUAGACCUCAAGAUGUGGGUGAUGUUUUACUUAGCCACAUAACAAAUAUGUGGAAUGAACAUCGUAGAUGA